AUGGUAGCGGAGACACCGGCGAGUGCAACUGAUAGAAGGAAGAUCGAAAUAAAAAUUCAGGUUUGGGAAGAUAGAGAAAAGAUCAAAGCAGAUAAUAAAGCUGAAAGAAGGUUAGCUUCCACAGAGGCAUGGAAGAACUCAAAGAAAGCUGCUUUGGAAGCUGAAGUGAAGAAGAUAGAUGCUGAUUUGGUGAAACUGAGACUGAGAGGGAUGGAGAAAGUAAAAAACAAAGAGGCAGAGACUCAUAAGGCAGUUGAAUCAAAGAAGGCAUCCAUUGAAGCUAAAAGAGAGCUUAAGAAACUGAAGGUUGAAGGGAAAGCUAAAAGCCUGAAGAAUCUCCCUCAGAGGCCCCUCCCCCUCCCCUCCCCGGCUGUGGCUGAGCCAACCAAAGACGACGUCGCAGAGGAGAAAUCAAUUAUCCCCUUACUCCCACCGGAGGACGAGAAGCCGGCCGAUGACUCCAAAGCUCUAGCAAUCGUUGAAAAGAGUGAUGAAAAAGCAGAGGAAAAAGAGAAAGAAAGUGAAGGCUCAAUUAAUAGAGAUGCGGUACUUGCAAGAGUGGCAACAGAAAAGAGAUUGUCACUCAUCAAAGCUUGGGAAGAGAGUGAAAAAUCAAAGGCAGAGAAUAGAGCUCACAAAAAGCUAUCAGCAAUUGGAUCAUGGGAGAACAGCAAGAAAGCAGCUGUUGAGGCUGAACUAAAACAGAUAGAGGAAAAAUUUGAGAAGAAAAAGGGAGAGCAUAUAGAGAAAAUGAAGAACAAAAUAGCAUCGAUACACAAAAAAGCAGAAGAAAAGAAGGCUGUUAUUGAAGCAAAGCGUGGAGAAGAAAAGCUGAAGGCAGAGGAAAUUGCUGCCAAACACAGAGCCACUGGAACCGCUCCUAAGAAGAUUUUCGGUUGUUUCUAAUUUUAAAUUAAACUAUAUAUGUGAAAUUUGGUUUUUUUUUUUUAUUUAUUAUUAUUUAUUUCUUCAUUGUGAUGGGUGUUUAAAU